UGAAACUCUAGGCCUAGUGGGGGCGGGCGGGAGGAAAAGCGCUUCGGAAGACCGGCGGCAGGCCGGAGCCCAGAGCCCUGCGCUAGCAGAUAGCGUGGGUGUGGCCCUUAUCCACCUCCCAGCCCCCGCCCCUGGGACGCCGGCGGCGUGAUGUGUUGAGACCUCUGUCUCCUCCUUUACCGUAAUUUUUCUCGUUCCUCUCGUGGGCUUCACCAUGGGCCGGACCGUGGUCGUGCUGGGCGGAGGGAUCAGCGGCUUGGCCGCUAGUUACCACCUGAGCCGGGCACCUUGUCCCCCCAAGGUGGUAUUGGUGGAGGGCAGCGAGCGCCUGGGAGGCUGGAUCCGCUCGGUACGAGGGCCAGAUGGUGCUAUCUUUGAACUUGGACCUCGAGGAAUUCGGCCAGCGGGAGUCCUGGGAGCCCGGACCCUGCUCAUGGUUUCCGAGCUUGGCUUGGACUCAGAAGUGUUGCCUGUCCGGGGAGACCAUGCAGCUGCCCAGAACAGGUUCCUGUAUGUAGGUGGCGCCCUGCACGCCCUGCCCUCUGGCAUCAGGGGGCUACUCCGCCCUUCCCCUCCCUUCUCCAAACCUCUGUUUUGGGCUGGGCUGAAGGAGUUGACUACGCCCCGGGGCAAAGACCCCGAUGAGACUGUGCACAGUUUCGCCCAGCGCCGCCUUGGUCCUGAGGUGGCGUCUCUAGCCAUGGACAGUCUUUGCCGUGGAGUGUUUGCAGGCAACAGCCGUGAGCUCAGCAUCAGGUCCUGCUUUCCCAGUCUCUUCCAAGCUGAGCAAACCCAUCGUUCCAUAUUACUGGGGCUGCUGCUGGGGGCAGGGCGGGGCCCACAGCCAGACUCAGCCCUUAUUCGCCAGGCUCGGGCUGAGCGCUGGAGCCAGUGGUCACUCCGUGGAGGGCUGGAGACAUUGCCUCAGGCCCUUAACACCCACCUGACUAGUAGGGGUGUCAGUGUUCUCAGAGGCCAGCCAGUCUGUGGGCUCAGCCUCGAAGCAGAAGGGUGCUGGAAGGUGUCUCUAGGGGACAGCAACCUGGAGGCUGACCACAUUGUUAGUGCCAUUCCAGCUUCAGUGCUCAGCAAGCUGCUCCCUGCUGAGGCUGCACCGCUGGCUCGUGCUCUGAGUACCAUCACUGCUGUGUCUGUGGCUGUGGUGAAUCUACAGUACCGAGGAGCUCGUCUGCCUGUCCAGGGAUUUGGACAUUUGGUGCCAUCCUCAGAAGACCCAGGCAUCCUGGGAAUCGUGUAUGACUCAGUCGCUUUCCCUGAGCAGGAUGGGAGCCCCCCUGGCCUCAGAGUGACUGUGAUGUUGGGAGGUUCCUGGUUACGGACAUUAGAAGCCAGGGGCAGUGUCUUAUCUCAGGAGCUGUUCCAAAAGGAGGCAGAGAAAGCAGCUGCCACUCAGUUAGGACUGAAGGAGCCACCAAGUCACUGCUUGGUCCAUCUACACAAGAACUGUAUCCCCCAGUAUACUUUAGGCCACUGGCAAAAAUUGGAGUCAGCUUCCCAAUUCCUGGCUGCUCAGAAGCUGCCUUUGACUCUGGCCGGAGCCUCAUAUGAGGGGGUUGCUGUCAAUGAUUGUAUAGAGAGUGGGCGCCAGGCAGCAGCCCGUGUCCUGGGCACAGAACCUAACAGUUGAUCUUCAAACCCCACUUCUUCCUGCCCCUGCUGACAGAGAUUCUCUCACCCAUGAAAAUAAAAGUUGCUGGAGCUUGG